CAAGCAGCAUCCACCCGGCGGGAGGCCGGAGCCAGCGAGGCCCGAAAGGCUGCGGAGUAAGCCGGCCGCUCCAGCGCGCGCUCCACUCUUCCUCCUCCUCUUUCUCUGCCGCCCAUCCUCAAAUCUCGGCUCGCUUUUUCGCCUACGGAAAGCCUAGGGAGGGGGUUAGGAGCAGCCGCGCCCCCCUCCCUGCGGCUGCCUCCCCCUGUUUUUUCGGCUCUGCUCCCUGCCGCGUGCGCCCGGGCAGUGCGCCCCGGCAGGCCCCAGCCAUGUCGAUGUUGCCGUCGUUCGGCUUUACGCAGGAGCAAGUAGCGUGCGUGUGCGAGGUUCUGCAGCAAGGCGGGAACCUGGAGCGCCUGGGCAGGUUCCUGUGGUCACUGCCCGCCUGCGACCACCUGCACAAGAACGAAAGCGUGCUCAAGGCCAAGGCCGUGGUCGCCUUCCACCGCGGCAACUUCCGCGAGCUCUACAAGAUCCUGGAGAGCCACCAGUUCUCGCCUCACAACCACCCCAAGCUGCAGCAACUGUGGCUGAAGGCGCACUACGUGGAGGCCGAGAAGCUGCGCGGCCGACCCCUGGGCGCCGUGGGCAAAUAUCGCGUGCGCCGAAAAUUCCCGCUGCCGCGCACCAUCUGGGACGGCGAGGAGACCAGCUACUGCUUCAAGGAGAAGUCGCGGGGCGUGCUGCGGGAGUGGUACGCGCACAACCCCUACCCCUCUCCGCGUGAGAAGCGGGAGCUGGCCGAGGCCACCGGCCUCACCACCACCCAGGUCAGCAACUGGUUUAAGAACCGGAGGCAAAGAGACCGGGCCGCCGAGGCCAAGGAAAGGGAGAACACCGAAAACAAUAACUCCUCCUCCAACAAGCAGAAUCAACUCUCUCCUCUGGAAGGGGGCAAGCCGCUCAUGUCCAGCUCAGAAGAAGAAUUCUCACCUCCCCAAAGUCCAGACCAGAACUCGGUCCUUCUGCUGCAGGGCAAUAUGGGCCACGCCAGGAGCUCAAACUAUUCCCUCCCGGGCCUCACAGCCUCGCAGCCCGGCCACGGCUUGCAAGCCCACCAGCACCAGCUCCAGGACUCCCUGCUGGGCCCCCUCACCUCAAGUCUGGUGGACUUGGGGUCCUAAGUGGGGAGGGACUGGGACCUCGAAGCAGCGACUGGGGACACUUGUAAAUAGAAAUCAGGAACAUUUUUGCAGCUUGUGUCUGGGGUUCUUUGAGCAUAAAGGAAUGGUGGACUUUCACAAAUAUCUUUUUAAAACUCAAAACCAACAGCGAUCUCAAGCUUAGUCGCCGCCUUCUCUCAGACUCUUUCCACUCUUGCAUUUCCCCUCCCAGAUCAGGAAAAAAAAAACCAACAAAAAAACCCAAACAAACAAAAGCCCCCAGUCACCCAGUCUUGGUUCUGGGCAACCAUGUGCCUGCUUCGGAAGCCUUUUUUUUUUUUUUCCAAUGGAUGGGAAUUACAAAUCAACUGGAUUUUAAUUAUUUCCUUUUAAUUUAUUUAUGGAAAAAUCUUUUGGGCAAAGGAAAAGGAAAUGAAAAAGAGAGAGAGAGAGAAGUCAAAAUAGUGAGAAUAGGAGCCCCCAGCCUGGGAGGAACUGGUUGCAUUCUUAACGUGAAUAGGAAAAAUACGACCUUAUAACUUUUUUUGAUGGGGAAAAAUUAAGUUUACAUUUUUCAUAUUUAGUGUUAAACAAUUUUAUGUAGAUUAAAAUGCAAGAACAGUAUUAGGGGGAAAAAACAAGUGCCUAAAUGUCUUAAUGCUCUCUAUGUGAGGCAGUUAGAAAUAGAAGUGACCAUUAGUAAUACAACUAUUUUUGUCAGAUUUGGUGGGGUUUUUUUGGUUGUUGUUUGUUUUCUUGGGUUUUUUUAUGGCAAACUUUUAAAAUGUACCAAUGUGAAAAAACACUUUCCUGAAUGCCAUUACUUCCCACGCCCUCGAAGCUUUCAUAUCUGUAGCCUAUCCUGUUAAGGAUUUCUCCUGUUCCUAGUUUAUAGCUUGCAAAAAUAUUCGACAAAUCUGGCAACCUGGUAUUUGUUACUAAAACAGCAUGUGUUUUCAGGUUUCUUUUCUAUUGUACCUAAACCAGUCUAAAUUAAAACUUAGUAGAACACCAGGAGUAUGAUUCUCUUUCUGAAAGGUGAGUUGUGUAUUGCUGUCAUUGGGCCCUAUUUUUUUUCCCAACUAGUUUUCUUGCUUUCUUACUUAAUGGUGGCUGUGAAUUACAGGGUACUUUGAAGGCCAUCACCUGAACCAAGAGUGGUGACUGAAUUAAUUAUAUGACAGAAAAAGAGUGAAUUUAGCUCUGGAUAUUUAUUUUUUUUAUUAUUUAGAUAUGCAGUUUUGUUUACCACUAGCUCUUCUCCACAGCAUUUGUCUGUUAACUCAGCUCUUUUGUAUUGACAAGUUUAUGACAAGACUGUGAAAGUAAAAUAAUUCAUCUGCUUGGGGAAAAAAGGGAACUCGAACAAGGAUAGCAACAUUGUGAAUUAAUCUGUACAAAUAGAAAGCAGACCAGCAGGAUAGGAGCUCUGCAACGCUGCCGGAGAGUAUCCAGAAAAAUCCCAGUAACCAUGUAGGCUCCAUAUUAUUUUUGCCUGGGGCAAAAAUGAUGUAUCUUUGUAUUUAGCUUUUAAAAUUAGUGAAACAAAUGGCAUUAUUUAUUAAAAUUCUACUCAGGAUAACA